ACUGAUGAUAAUAAUUUGUAUGGAAAGGUUUUUUUUUUAUAUUUAAACUGCGGUCUCUUGAUAAAGUUGCAUUUGAAUAGUAGAAACAACCUUUUUUGCUUGAUUAAGUACGUUAUCGAGGAAAUUAAGGAAAGGUACAGACGAUCGACGAUUUUGUUACAUAUUCGCAUCUGAAAAGACCUUCAGUCAAUUGCGGUACGGCUGUGGCUUUACUGAGAACCUUUUUAACUAUUAGAUAUUACAACUUUUUAAUUAAUUAAUUAAAUGAAAUGAACGAAUUAAUGAACACUUGAUUUUAUAAACAUUAACUACCAAACCUAAAACCCAAAACUACAAACCUAAAAAUAUUCAAAAAUAAGUUGGGAACUUAAUGACUCCCAGUGAAUAAUUGCAUCUUAAUAACAAUUAUAAUUUACUUGUGUAAAUGUUAAGCAAAAAAGUUCGAAAGGUGAUUGACGCAAAAAUGUGCAUACUUAGUUACUUGGAAAAUGUAAUAUCAAUUUUUUAUCAACUAUGUCACUAAUUACCUACCUGCCUACCAUAUAAAUAAUACGAUGUCGCAGACUACAGCUGAAAAAUAAUUUGCUAACGUUCAGUCAGGCAUUCAUGUCCUUCAACCUUAUUAGGAAACAUUUUACUAAUUUAACCCCUGAUAUUUCGUAGUGGAUUGAUAUAACGUGAAAUAAGAAGGUACUGAUGAAUGCACUUUACCUUCAGAAUUCUCUUCAAUAAUAAGUACUUAAUCUAAAAUAAGCUAAUUCUUUAUCAACCGAAACGCCACGAGUCCAACCACGGCUUAAGAUAAACAAACUAAAAGGAUAUAAAUAAGGUAAGAAACUAAAACGUUUAUUCAUUACUGGCUCAAACUUAGACUGACGUACAAAUUAGAACAAACUUAAACAAUCGACGGUCGUCAUAAUGAGCCUGACAAUUUUUUCCGCCAUUUCUCUACUAGUCAUUUGUUUUGUGGGCUACUCUCACAGUUGGGUCUUCACAGAUAUUGACUACGCAAAAUUAAGGACAGCCUUAGCCGAUGAAAUUAAAAAUGUUAAAAGCGAGUUAUCUGAUGACGACUUGAAACAGCUGAAGUUCAACUUCAUAUAUCCAGGUACGAAGUGGUGCGGACCAGGCAACGUGGCAGAUAAUUACGACGACCUCGGCUCGGCUUGGCAGGCCGACAGCUGCUGCAGGGAGCACGACAACUGCCCAGACGUCCUGGCCGCUGGGGAGACCAGGAUGAACCUGACCAACGACGCAUUCUACACUAGGCUCAACUGCGGGUGCGACGAGACCUUCCGCCAGUGCCUGCACAAUGCCAACAGCAGCGUGGCCUUACAGAUCGGCAUUGUUUAUUUUGACUUACUGGGCACGCAGUGCUACCGGGAAGACUACCCCAUCACUGGCUGUGAGAAAACUAGCAUAUGGUUACACAAGAAAUGUUUGCAGUACACUUAUGACACUGAAGGCGAAAAGAGAUAUCAGUGGUUCGAUGUCCCUAAUUAUUAAUGUUUUUUAUUAAAUUAAUUUGGUAUCCUAGUCACAUCAAAGUAAAAUUUUAUAAGAAUAUUUUUAUAAGAACUUUUCUGUUCGGUCUUUGGUAUAGCACUGAACUGGCUGAAUUCUAAUAAAUUACCAUGUAAUUUAGUUUCUGUAAUCAAAAAUGAUCAUUACUUUGUAAAGCACAUAUUUUACAGAAGUUCAGGGUACAGUUUGGCUUACUUAAAUAAUGUAUUGGUGCAUAAAAAUACAAUAAAUAAAGAA